AAUCCCGACACACACACACACAUCGCUAUCUCGGGCCUCGAUGCCAUGUUCCUGCAGCUUUGCAGCUUCUCGUCCUUCUCCGGGUAACGUGGUGACGAGCAUCUCCCAAUGACGCUGCCCGCGUCGCACGUGGACCUCGAUGACUUGGAUCCGGUCUCGGACGACGAGGUGCCACCCGAUGAGAACGACGACGCCAUGGGAACGACCAUGCUGAGUGGCGUGGAUGGAUUGGAUGGGAGUGCAAGCGACCUCAGGGUCGAACUGGCUGUGCCACAAGAAGUGGAAGACAUUCCAGCUCCCUUGCUGGUGGAAGCCGACGCACAGCUUGACAUGAGCCAACAUGCUUUGGAGAUGGAUUAUGACGAUGAAGUUUUGCAGAUAGGCGAGCUGACCGAUCCGUGGAUCGAUCCGGACCACGCCGAGCAGGCCCGGCUCGGGCCGGCUCGGGCCCGCCUGAUGAGCGAUCAGAGCACGAGCCAAGGCGUUGGAAGGUUUGAUUCACUCGAUCAUGUGUGGAAGAGGAUCUCCUGCCAGGAUGCCCGGAUGGAGAAAGCCUUCGGCAUUACGGAUGGUGAGGACCGUAUGGACCGUGAUCGAGAGGCUGAAAACGAGGUGAAGAAGGACUAUGUCAGGGGCUUCAAGCGCUCUGGCGUCUAUGCCAUGGAUUGGGCAGGUGACAAGCUCUUGGUCGCAGCGAAAGAAGGUCCUGGCCUUCGUUUGCACGACGUCGAAAGAGGUGAGGAGGAGCGGACGUGGUCUGGAGAGUGGAUGAGCAUUCGGACGGAUCCAAACAACCCCUUUCUAGCAGCUGGCGUUGAUUGGAGAGGCAAGUUCAAGCUCUUUGACACAAGGCAUGCAAGCCAGUCAGUCUUCGAUGUUGACCUCAAGAAGACGUCCCCGUCUAUGAAGGACUUUCUGUAUUUAUGCUGGUCCCCAGACUCCACGAAUAUUGCCCUGAGCAAUCGGGCCGAUCAUAUCUAUUGCCUCCAUUUAAAAAUGGUCAAAGCCAAAGAGAACAACUCCCUUCGACUAGGUUCCUCCAAAAUGAACAUGAACAUAGAGGUGAACCAAAUGGUCUACAGUCCAUCAGGUGAUAGCCUUUGGGUGGCGACUGGAGGUACUCCAGGCAAGCUGCAAAUUUUCCCCUCAAACUCUUUGCAGACACCCGAACGAAGUGUUGUGGCGCACAACUGGACGGCCAUCUCCUUGGCGCGUGACCCCACAGGCAAAUACAUCUGCAGUGGUGGAGCUGAUGGUCUCAUCACGGUUUGGGAACCCAGGCAGCCGCUGUGCUUGAGAUGCUUCUUGCAUCCGGGGCAAGUUAUUUCCAACGUGGACUUCAACUACCAGGGCAGUUUGAUUGCUUGGGGUACUGGUGCAGGCGAGCGAAGUUUGACGCUGAUGGGAGCCAACACUGCUAUCCCGUAUUACCAGGACCUGACACCUGCAACGGUGACGCAGUUGAGGUGGCAUUCGAGCAAAAAUGUCCUUGCGUACAGCCUGAAUGCCAGUCAGAUGUCGGACGAUCGACCACAGCGUGAUCGCCGUGGCUACAGCAAGGAUACCCCGAUCAUCCAGCUUCUAAAGGCCAGGAACCGAAGGUCCAAGUGGCUCGUGCUAAGGUCCAUCCGGAUUGUACAUGCAGGUUACUAGGGGAAGCAUCGAACACAUAUGUGGAUGUCUAGCGGUCACGUCCAUUCGGUGGAUCAGGCCUUUUUCAGCUGCAGACUAGGUAUGACUAGGCAACAAAAAGAUCAAAGGAGCCAGUUGGCAUCUUUCGAUUCCAAGUUCUAGCAUGGCCAUUUGUCCGACUCCGUCCCUCUGAACCGCCUCGUCUUUGCGUGAUGCUUUGCUUGUUUCACGUGCAGCUUCCGGAUGAUCUUUGACGU